CCUCCCGCGGCUCCCACGCCUCAGCAGGAAGGUGCCUGGGGACGUGCCACCCCAGCGAGCCUGGCUGGUCAUGGCUUUGGGCAGCACAGUGACACAUGGAGCUCAGCGCAUCGGGCUGGGAAAUCCCGUGUGCAAGAACCGACGGGCUGCACCCGGCUGCACUCCGGGGGUAGGGACGGCCGGGGCUGCAGGGGACACCCAGGGACGCUGCUGGGGGACACCCGGCCCUCUGCCACCCGGCCUCCCCGUUCCUGGGUCUCGGGGCCCACUGGUGGGGACAUUCCCCUCCCAGGCUGGAGGACGAGGCCUCGCUGCAGUGCCAGCCCGACGGAGCUGUGUCAGUGCGGGUCCCACUGGGACAGCGGCGGUGGCAGGCCUGACCCCCCCUCCGGACGCAGGAAUCCGGCUCGGGACCGGCCAUCCCCACGCACGUCCUCCUGCAGUGGCGCCUGCGAUGGGGGGAGACGGCGAGUGAGGAGCCCCCGGCCCCCGCAUGAACCCCCUCCUCUCCUCCCGCAAGCUGUCCAGCCGGGCCCGCUCCUCCUUCCUCGUCUUCCUCUGCGGGCUGGUGGUCACAGACUUCAUGGGGCUGCUGGUGACGGCCUCGAUCAUCAUCCCCUAUCACUUCAUCAAGUUUGCCUGGGCCAAGGUGGACCCUGGCUGCCACCUCUGCAACUUCCUCGGCUUCUCCAUGGUCUUCUUUGGGCAGUGCCCGCUGCUGCUGGGGGCCACCAUGGCUGGCGAGAGGUUCUUCGGCAUCAACCACCCCUUCUCCCGCUCCACCAGCAUCUCCAAGCGCCGCGCCUGGUCCAUCGUGGGGCUGGUGUGGGGCUUCUCCUGCCUGCUGGGGCUGCUGCCGGUGCUGGGGCUGGGGCGGUACACGCUGCAGUACCCCGGCUCUUGGUGCUUCCUCACCCUCCUGCCCGACACUGGCAACGUCAUCUUCUGCCUGCUCUUCGCCCUUCUGGGCAUCUUCUCCGUGCUGCUCUCCUUCAUCUUCAACACCGUCAGCGUGGUGACACUCUGCCGUGUCUACCACGACCGGGAGGCGGUGCAGCGGCGCCGGGACAGCGGGGGGGAGAGGCAGCUCGUGGGCAUCAUGAUCAUUGCCACCAUCUGCUGGAUGCCCCUCCUGAUCUUCAUCGUCCAGCCUGUCCUGCAGCAGCUGCCGGCCAGCGGCCAGGUCCAGGUGCUGCCCAUGGAGACCCAGAAGAUGCUGCUCAUCUACAUCCGCAUGGUCACCUGGAACCAGAUCCUGGACCCCUGGGUCUACAUCCUCUUCCGACGGGCCGUGCUGCAGCGCAUCCCCCCCAGCCUGCGCUCCCGCCCCUCCAUCCUCUCUCUCUACCCCGUCCUCAACCCCUCCCUGCGCCGCAAGCUCACCGCUGACUCUGUCCUGCAGUAGUGGCCCCCCGGGACAGGCACCGAGGGGGGGGACACCAGGCAUCCUCCCCAUCCCACCCCCCCAGGUUCAUUAAUUGUCCCCAUCACCUGCAUCUGUGGGCUC